UUGGGGACUCCUGCCGCGUACAACCGCGUUUUGGCAAGAAAUUCAUCAAAAUCAUACACGAAAUUCAUUCAAUUGAAUUUGUUUACUGAAAAUUAUUGAUUGAACUGCAUCAUUCGAAUGAUUUCACUCUGAACUUAUCGACCGUUUAAUCCUCACCUCUGCGAUUCGCAUUAUCAUUUUUAGAAUUUAUUCGUAAUAAAAAACGAGAACAAAAAUGAAAUUUCAAGUUUUGGGGGUUCUGUUCGGAUUUGGUUUAAUCUAUUUCUCGAGUGUCCAGGCACGAAAUGAUUAUGCACCUGUGCAUUCCAUACCCCUCGGGUCCGAGGGAAAUUUUCACUGGAGAGUCGAUUUAACGAAAGAAAUUGUGGAAAUCGAAGUUCAUUAUUAUGCGGAAGAAAAUUCUUGGUUUGCACUCGGGUUUUCCGAUUACGGUGAGACGAAACCUGCAGAUUAUUGCGUUCUCUGGAUCGACUGGCAUCGAAACCUUCAUUUUCAGGAUACCUCGGCGACGGACGAUGGAAAAUUGAUUGUGGAUUAUCAACAAGAUUGCGAAAGUUUUGCCUCCAAGAGGAUUGGAAAUUUGACGAAAUUUACGUUCACAAGAAAAUUUGAUACUUGCGACAAAUCAGAUUAUAUUAUUGAGAGAGGUACGACGCACGUGGUUUGGUUGAAAGGACGUGGACCUUUGUAUUCGUUAGCUGGUCUCGCCACCAAUGAUGCUGCCACAUUCGGUAUGACGAGAAUGGAGCUUCUUAGGUACGCGAAGGAAAAAUCUAGGUUUCCAGCUGACACGUGGAAAUUUGAGAUUUUGAAUGAUCGAGUCAGCGUUCCGAAUGUCGAAACUACUUACUGGUGUCGGGUCGUCAAAUUGCCAGAUACUUUGAAAUACAAACAUCACGUGUUACAAUUUGGACCAAAUAUCGAGAAGGGCAACGAGCAUCUUGUCCACCAUAUGGAAGUCUUUCAUUGCGCUGGACCAGCCGAUCUCGAAAUUCCAUUUUACAAUGGACCCUGCCAAUCUCCGAAUCGUCCUGCGACCACCAAGAUUUGUCAAAAAGUAUUGGCUGCGUGGGCAAUGGGAGCUGAUCCCUUCAUCUAUCCUGAAGAAGUUGGACUUCCCGUUGGAGGUGAAGAUUUCAAUCCUUACGUCGUUCUCGAGGUUCAUUAUAACAAUCCGGAAUAUGUAAAUGGAAAAAUCGACUCGUCGGGAAUUCAUUUUUAUAUGACCAAAAGUCUCCGAGAAUUCGAUGCAGGAAUUAUUGAAUUGGGAUUAGAAUAUACGGAUAAAAUGGCCAUCCCACCGCUUCAGGAAUCUUUUGAACUUUCUGGCCAUUGCAUCGCCGAGUGCACGGGAGUUGGUUUACCGCAGGCGGGAAUUCGUGUAUUUGCGUCCCAAUUGCACACCCAUUUAACGGGAACAAAAGUGAUAACACGUCACAUUCGGGACGGCGAGGAGAUUCAACCACUCAAUUAUGAUAAUCAUUAUUCGACGCAUUUUCAAGAAAUACGAUUAUUACCAAAGCGAGUCACAAUUCUCCCGGGUGAUUCUCUUGUUACGACAUGCACUUACAAAACGAUGGAUCGAGAAAAUAUAACAUUCGGUGGUUUUGCAAUAACCGACGAAAUGUGUGUAAACUAUAUUCAUUAUUAUCCCAAAUCGCGUCUCGAGGUUUGCAAGAGUGCAAUAAGCGACGAUGCACUCCGUACGUAUUUUCGAUACAUGAGGGAAUGGGAAAAUCAAAAAACAAAGGGCGAUCAAGGUAUUCAGGAUAAUUAUGGAAGUAUAGAAUGGAACAGAGUUCGCAGUGUGGCCCUUCACGAUCUGUAUGUGGCCGCGCCUCUGGGUAUGCAAUGCAACGGUUCAGAUGGCUCUCGUCUGCCAGGACUAUGGGACAACAUUGCCGCGACUCCAAUUCGCUUGCCACUUCCGCCAACACCGCGGGAUUGUCCGAAUCUCGAAGACACGAAAUAGGACAAAUGAAGGGGAAAUGAAAGAAACUUGACGAAAAAUCAGAUUAUUGAAAGGAAAAAAAAAUAAAAUUAAAUGAUAAAAACAA